AUGGAUCACCUGACUGCGCUCUUCCAGGAGAUGUGGCGUCAAGGUGAAGUCCCUCAAGAUUUCAUAGACGCAAACAUCGUUAACCUAUACACGCAAAAAGGAAACCGCCAACUCUGCGACAACCACCGCGACAUCUCUCUGCUGAACAUCGCCGGAAAGAUUUUCGCUCGCAUCCUGCUCAACCGCCUGAACAAUCAUCUAGAACAGGGUUUUCAACUGGAAAGACAGUGUGGCUUCCGCCAUCAUCGCGGAACCGCGGAUACGAUCUUCGCCGCACGUCAACUUCGGGAGAAGUGCCAGGAGAUGCGGACCCACCUGUACCCUACCUUCGUGGACCUGACGAAAACCUUCGACACGGUGAAUCAUGAAGGGCUGUGAAAAAUCAUGCAGAAAUCCGGCUGUCCGGAGCGAUUCAUCCAGAUGGUGCAUCAGCUGCACGACGGUAUGAUGGCGCGAGUCACGGACAACGGAGCUGUCUCAGAGGCAUUCGCAGUGACUAACGUAGUGAAGCAGGGAUGCGUGCUGGCGCCUACCCUCUUCAGUCUUAUGUUCUCUGCCAUGCUGAUGGACGCCUAUCGUGCUGAACGCCUCGGGAUCUGCCUCGCCUACAGGACGGACGGUCACCUUCUCACUCAACGGCGGAUGCACAUCCAGUCGCGCGUAUACACAACCACCGUUCACGAACUUCUCUUCGCCGACAACUACGCCCUGAACACCACCUCGGAAGAGGACAUGCAACUGAGCAUGGACCUCUUCUUCGUCGCCUGCGAGAACUUCGGCCUGGCCAUCAACACGCAGAAGACGGUGGUCAUGCAUUAA